GCGUGUUUGGUAAUAUAAUUACAACAACUUAAUUGAAUUUCUUAGAAAGGGCAAUACGUGGCAUGGAAUUGGCAGAACUGUGUCGUUUAUCAGACAAAUACGCGAUGGAAGAUAAAUCAGUAAGGCCAAAGGUAGUUUUAGAACGGAAAGGACUAACAUACACACGGUCUAUACGAAAGAAAGGUGAAAAACGACCUCAAAGAAGUAGAAGUAAAAGUUUGCCCUCUAUCGCCAUAACCUUACCCACCAAAGCCUUUCCCCAUGCAGACUACGACACAUCACUAGCAGACAUUAUUCAGAAUUCAGACUGUAUCCCCGAGGAGUUGGAGCAAGAUAGUGGCCGGAUCAGGCAGUUCAGCACGACAAUGAAGGGCCUAGUAAACAAAGGAGACUUGUGUAAGGACAGCCGGCGUGAUAGCGGAUGCUCAACUACUAGUUACCGCCGUCUUAGUUCUAUUUCAAUUUCUAGUGUUUGCGGAAGCUACGGUCGUCGGGAUAGUGUCUAUACGGAGGACCAGAAGCGUCGGAACAGUUCAUUUGCAUCCACCUAUUGCACGCCUGUACGACGGACAAGCUGCAUCACUGCGCGGGAGUGCCGCCGACUCGGGUUGGCGGCGGGGUUCGGUCUAGACAGUUCACAAGAGUCAGUUCUGGACGAGUGUCCGUCCGAGUACAAGGUGCUCGUAAUAGGGGGGUCUGGAGUCGGAAAGAGCGCCAUUGUGAGUCAAUUUACCACCUCAGAGUUUUUGGGAGCCAGCGACGUUCAAACAGACGCUGUUGAGCAGAGGACAAGCGUCUCGGUGAUCCUGAAUCAGGAAGAAUCUGUGCUCGAGCUUAUCGAGGAAAACAGCCUGGCUAACCUGAAUGACGCGGGCAGCGAAAAGGAAGUUGACGCCUUCAUGCUCGUGUACUCAUGCGCGGACCGAGGCUCCUUCCGGUCUGCCCAGGUUGCACUAAGACGACUACGCGAAGAGACGGGACGUGGCAAGCCGGUCAUGAUUGUCGCCAACAAGGUGGACCUCGCUAGGAAACGCCAGGUUUCCCAGGACGAGGGUAAGAACUUGGCGAACUCCUACAACUGCAAGUACAUCGAGACAUCGGCGGCCCUGAAUCACAACGUGGACGAGCUGUUGGCAGGCGUUCUAUCCCAGAUCCGGCUCCUGCAGUGCGGACAGUUUGCCGCACAGUUGGCCACGCAGCCGGUCAAGAAGCUCAAGCAGAAGGGCCUCACAGGAACCCUAAAGACUGCACUCCGGGGCGUGUUCGGUAUGAAACAGAAAGUCUCAAGCUGCGAGAACCUCUACGAAAUUUAGUGAGAACUGUUAUUAGGCGCUGAUUUAGGAAAUUCUUAAAAGAGAUGGAUGGCGAAGGUAUUGGUGUCGUCAAAAAUAAGUCCAAAACAUGACUAUUACGAAUGGACACCGAUCAAUUAUUGCGCAAUGCAAUGUGAGGGAAACUUGAUGGUGGUGUAAAAAAG